AUGAGCAGACAGUUUUUUCCCGAUUCCGAGGAGUCGGGGUCCGACUUUGACGAAGCUACGACUGACCUGCCAUUCCCCAAACCCCUCUCGCGCGAUUCCUUUCUUGCUUCCGACUUUGAUCCGGCGACAUAUCUCUCUUCUCUUACAAACCGACAUCAAACCCUCGAAGAUUUGCGACUCGAGCUGCGCGAGUUAAGCCAAGGGCUGAGCAAACAGCUGCUCGAUCUCGUCAACGAGAACUACCAAGAUUUCCUGUCGCUCGGCGAUUCUCUCAAGGGAGGCGAAGAAAAAGUCGAAGAAGUCCGGGUGGGACUAUUAGGUUUCCAGCGAGAUGUGUCCGCAAUACAAGCCAAGGUUGACGCCCGGGCGGCCGAAAUGCAGAGUCUUUUGCAGGAGAAAAAGCAAUACAGAGUCAAGACGAAUGUUGGAAGGGCUCUCCUGGACAUUGCAGAGCGCAUUGAAGAGCUAGAACAACGAUUGAUGAUUCCGGACCCGGAGAACCGCAGCACCGCCGCCGCACACGAAACCCCCGACGAAGACUCGGAACUGGAAGACUUCAGCAAUGAAAGCUCAGAUGAUGACGAUGGUGAUUUGGAAAGCGAAGAACAUGAAUCCGCUAUAAUUUCGCUCAAGCGGUUGGAGCACAAUGUCCAAAAAUUUGUUUACAUCAUUGCGGAGUCCGAGCAAAUAGGCCAAAAACAUCCUUUCUUGGUCAGCCAGGAGCCUCGUCUACAAAAGAUCAAGUCAACAUUACUGCUGGACAUCGACACCGCGCUUAAACAACCCAGAAAACCCGGGACCAAAGGUGAAGCCCGCGCAGCCAAAACCCAGGCCCUCCGCGACCUGCUGGAAGCCGAGACGGAAGUAAAUGGGCUCAAACAGCUUUCAAUCUAA